AUGUCUGAUGGCUAUGCUGAAGCUGCCGAAGGACCUGGACUAGGUGUCGCAGUGAAAGAUGGGAAGCCACCAGACGAAACUGACAACGCAAAUUACUUCUGCGAGUAUGCCUACCUGUAUCAUCAGAUGGACAUGCUCGAGGAUGUCCAUCGCACAGGAUCUUACUUCGAUGCCAUAACGCGGAAUCGAGACAGCUUCAAGGACAAAGUUGUGCUUGAUGUAGGUGCUGGAACUUGCAUACUGUCAAUCUUCGCAGCGAAGGCAGGGGCCAAGCAAGUCUUCGCUGUGGAGGCCACUGACAUGGCUAACCGAAGUCGCAAAAUUGUGGAAGCACAAGGUUUGAGCCACGUCAUUCACGUUGUCCAAGGGACCAUCGAAACAGCGACGCUGCCAUGCAUGGUAGACGUCAUUAUUAGCGAAUGGAUGGGUUAUUUUUUGCUGAGAGAGAGUAUGCUGGACAGCGUCUUGGUCGCCCGCGACCGCUUCCUCAAGCCAGGUGGCGCCCUCUUCCCCUCGCAUGCCACGCUUUUCCUGGCGCCGGUCGGUCCGUUCAAAGCGUGCCGUGAGAAGCAGCAAACCUUUGAUGGGGAGCGGCAGCACUUCGAGGACUUCAACGGCUCGAUGGUUCAGUGGUAUGGUACAGACUUUUCCUGCAUGCGUGAAGAGUUCCUUGCAGAGCAACGCAUGUAUUAUUUGCAGACUGGCAUGUUUGUCAACCUUUCGCCGAAGCAGUUGGCUGGAACCGCAAGUCCUGUGCUUGAAAUGGAUUUACUGAAAAUCACCGUGGAGGAUUUGAAGGCCGCUAGACCACUAUCAUGCGCAAUGAGGGUUACCAAAGAUGGACACCUCGACGGUUUCGCUGGGUACUUCGAUGUUGCGUUCCGUGGUUCGCCACAGAACCCGGUGAAGCAGGAAGUGGUGCUGACGACUGCGCCUACAACUUCAACGCACACGCAUUGGGGGCAACAGCUCUUUGGUUUCUUUCCUGCGCUUCAAGUGAAUCGUGGAGAUUCUCUGGAGUGCAAGCUGGUCAUCAACAGGCAAAAAAAGAACCAUCGGCUGCUACAGUUGGAUGCAUGCUUUUCGGUGGUUGGACCAGGCGACACACAGAUACGCGAAAAGCGCGAGGACUCCUGGAACCUGGACUGA